AUGAGGAGGUUUUCCACCGUAAGUGGUUCUUCUUCUUCUUCUUCUUCUUCUUCUUCUUCUUCGAUCCCUGCUUCUGUGGGCAUCUCUUCUUCUUCGAGUGAACAAUGCCUGCAUUGAUCUGAGAUCGAGAGAGAGAGAGAGAGAGAGCUUGCGGCAGGAUCUGGGUCCAAUGCUGAUUUCCUCUUAUUUUUCCUGUGAUCAUCCUAUGAAUCUUCUUGUGCUACAAUUCAUGUACACUCGUUCUUGUUGAUCAAGAAUGUUCUUUGAAAAGUUUUUAGUUUCUCUGCCAACGAUUUCGUUCAACGAGAUUUUCGUACUGUUCUUCCAGUUCAUUGCAUUUUUUUCCCGACUGGCUCGAGAUACCCUUGAAAGGGGCUUUUAUCUCCUGGGCUCUGAUCAUCUCGGCAUUUUUUAUUCAAAUGCCGUUGGGAUUUUAAUUGAUUCGAGUUUGGACUUGGACUGCUGUUCUUCAGCUCCUGAGUGCUCUUCUCAUUGCUGCCGCCAUCCACGAAGCUCGGUGGGCCGCCGCAAGCUGCCGGCGAGCAAAGUCAGACCCCGUCCGUCCGCACAGUGUCUCCAUCACUGAAUUUGGGGCAGUGGGCGAUGGGGUGACGCUCAACACCAAGGCAUUUCAGAAUGCGAUCUUUUAUCUCCACUCCUUCGCCGACAAGGGUGGGGCCCAGCUGUUCGUCCCUGCAGGGAAGUGGUUGACCGGGAGCUUCAGCCUCAUCAGUCAUCUCACCCUGUCUUUGGACAAGGAUGCUGUCAUUCUCGGGUCAACGGUGAGCUCCCUGGGUUUGAUCCUCUCCCAUCUCUUUGUUUUGACCAGAGAAUUUUGUUGAAAAAUUAUGGGGAAUAGUUGAUCGAAUUGAAUUCCUCGUUAUUCAACGAUAUAUAAGCCUCGUUCAUGCAUGAAAUCAAAUUCAGGAUCCAAGCGACUGGCCGAUCGUUGACCCCCUGCCAUCAUAUGGCCAGGGGAAGGAUCUGCCACGUGGAAGGCACCAGAGCCUCAUCUUUGGGUCCCACCUUACCGAUGUUGUGAUAACGGGUGAGUUGGGGAGGGGAAGAGAAUCCAUCGGGGGCGAGUGUUUUGACCGAUCUCCAUGCAGUAAUUGGAUGGUCUGAUCGUUCCAGGUGGCAAUGGGACAGUUGACGGGCAGGGCGGCGUUUGGUGGGAAUGGGCCAGGAAUCAUAUCCUGAACUUCACCCGCCCGCACCUCGUUGAGCUGAUGCACUCGACCGGGGUCGUCAUCUCAGAUUUGACUUUCAAGAACUCCCCAUUUUGGGCAAUCCAUCCGGUGUACUGCAGGUCUGUUGCUUCAGUUGUUCAGUUCGGAUGACUUUCUCUCAUUAAAACUGACGAUCGGUUGACUUGUGUCUCGCUUGGUGAACAGCCAAGUCCUCAUCCAGAACAUCACGAUCCUCGCGGCCCCUGAUUCACCAAAUACCGAUGGUAUCGAUCCAGGUAAGAAAACAUGGUUUUUUUUUUGCUUCCCCUCUUUUUUCCUUGCAGCUCCUAAUGGCACGUUGACUUUUCUUUCCCGGGGUUACCAUUUUCUCUCUCAAGGACGAUAAAAACGAGAAAAAAUGUUCAUGAGAGUCAAGCUCUCCCUGUCUUUUCUGAAACUUUGGAAUGCAGAGCUGAUUCCUCGGUAUUAUUUCACUAAGGAAUGCUCAUGAUCCAAUCGAGGAAAAGUACUCUGCAUUGUCGAUUGAAGUGGUGAAAGGAAUGAGAAUAUCAGCAACAGGGUCCACAGAACAGGCUAUUUCCCUAAUUUAGCAAAAUUAUAUCAGCUAUUUCCCUCAUGAAUCCAGACAUGGGGGCCAAAAAUAAAAAAAGAAAAAAGAAAAAAGAAACCCAUUCAUCACCUAGCAGGUUACUAAUUCCUCGACAUGAGAGGACCUGCUUCCUCUUGUAGAAAGCUAUGAAGAAGUUAAAGCCGCAAGUGACCAGAAUCAUCUUCCCUGUCUGUGUUUUUCUCAUGGCCGUGAUGGGUUGACUUUUAUCAGGCGUUGAUUUCUGGCCGAUUCAAGGGUUUCUAGAUGGUAUUUAGGGGUCGAUCUAGUGUUCUGAGGAGAUCGAGGCCAGCUAUUUCUUUCGAUUUUUUUAUAAUAAAAAUCCUAGGCUCCUCCCCUCCUAGCAACCAAGCGAUCGAUUUGGUGUUGGAUUCAAUCCUAGUUCCCUCCUCUGUAAGUAUCUUUCUCAAGACUGGUUCUUCUCGUUGAAAAAAAAAAAAAAAAAAACUAUUUUUGGCCACGGAAUUUUACGUUCCGAGCAAUUUUGAGAUUGAUGGUGGGGUAUCUUGCCCCUGCAAUCCCAGCUUCCUGAUGAUCUUCACAGCAAGAUCAUGCCACCCAGACAAGGAAAGGAAAACAGUGGGUGCCCUCAUGCCGUUGUCGAUCAAUAUGUCACUCAUAUCUGACCACGGCCUCCUCAAAUUCUUCCAGACUCAUCCUGCAACGUGUGCAUCAAGGACUGCUAUAUCAGCACCGGCGACGACCUGAUCGUGGUCAAGAGCGGGUGGGACGACCAUGGCGGCGCCGCCACUGCCCGGCCAAGCUUCAACAUCACCAUCACCCAGAUCACCGGCUCAGGUGGCGGAGGGAUCACCCUCGGGAGUGAGACGUCGAGUGGCGGCAUCUCCGACAUCCGGGCAGAUGGCCUCCGCCUGUCCAACUCCAAGAGCGGCAUCGCCAUCAGGGCCGCCGCCACUGGAGGCGGAUACAUCCGUAACAUCCUCAUCUCCGGUGUGACAAUGACCAAUGUGGAGACAGCCUUUGUGAUCACCGGCGGUGGCGGCGGUGGUGGGCUGGCGGAGCUCCCCUUGGUGAAGAGCAUCACCAUAAGGGACGUGGUUGGAGAGAACAUCAAGCAGGCGGGGAUUGUGGAGGGAAUUGAAGGUGGGAGCUUGAGGGAUAUCUGCUUCUCCAACAUUGCGCUCAACAACGUGAAGUCGGAGCCGCCAUGGAGAUGCUCAUACAGCGAGGGCUACUCUGACAGGGUCUCGCCGGAGCCUUGCCCGCCGCUCAGGAACCCAAUCCCCAUCAACUCCUCCGUCUGCUACUGGCUCGAUCGCCGGAGAAGAGCCCAGCCAUUGAACGGGAGCCACCUCAUCAGUGCUCUUGUGGAGUUUGCCCCCUUCGCAGGCUGA